UUAUUAUUCAUAAUGAAUAUCCAUAUUUUGCUAAAUAAAUUACGAAUCUUUCUUUUUCACAGAGUUUGGAACUAUAUGAAAUUUAUAUUAAUCCUUGUCUCUUGAAUUUUUCUCUCUAACUUUAAUCAGCAAGUCAGAAGUGUUGGAUUUCUUUCUUUAUACUGAAAGCUUUUUAAACUUCUGUGAUUACGAGGUAUGACAAUUAAGUAAUGAGACUGAUUCCAUAAAAACCGUAUAUUUGAAAAUUAUUCUACAACUCUGCCAUCCCCUUCAAAGUAGUCCCCUUGGGCAGCUAUACAGCGAUUCCAGCGCGUUUUCCAUGCUUCGUAACAUUUCUGGAACGCUUCGACUGGGAUGUCCGCGAGUACCCUCGUCACGGCCGCCUGGAUGUCCGUAAUCGACUCAAAAUGGGUUCCUUUGACCACCGAUUUUAUUUUAGGAAACAAAAAAAGUCACAGGGUGACAUGUCGGGCGAAUAAGGCGGCUGUUGUAACACGGCGAUCCCCUUAGAGGCCAAAUACUGGGACACGCUGAGGGCGGUGUGGCACGGCGCGUUGUCGUGAUGAAGGAUCCAGUUACGAGCGAUGUCUGGGCGCACCCUGUUGACUCGUUUUCGCAAUCUUUCGAGUACUUGGCAAUAGUAGACUUGAUUCACAGUUUUCCCCGGUGGAACGAAUUCUUUGUGGACGAUUCCACGGCUAUCAAAAAGGCAAUAAUCAUCGUUUUCACCUUCGACUUGCUCAUGCGAGCUUUUUUCGGGCGGGACGCGUUGCUCUUGAUUUCGAUUUUCCAUUUUCGUGACGAGCACUACAAACACACGUCUACUCAACUUGACGCCACAGGCGAACUAAACAAUCUAGAGCUAUAGCUAGAGCUAUAUCAAUGGAGAGGGGAGGGAUGUAUGUAUAUGUAUACCUAUAAGAUAGCGAAACCUUAAACUCACUUCUUUCUUUGACCUCAGAUUCCUCAAAUUUUGGACUCUUUGCUUAGGAGUAAUGUCAGCCUAAGUAGUGAAAUUUCUCAACAUCUUUGGGAGUAAUAAAUAUUGAUUAGAUGUCCGUCUGUGUAUUCGGAUUGCUAUAGGCUCAUCGCUCUGGAAGUUCAAAAUUAUGACAAGCUGUUUUUUUUAUAGUAGUCACCGCCAGUUAAGAUUUUGUUAUACAAAUCCGUCAGAACACUUUUGCGAGAUCAACAAAUCAAACCGAAAACAUUCAAAUAUAUUAAAUUUAUUUGUGUUUGAACUUUACUAAAAUAAUAAUCUAAAACCACUGGAUAAUCAAUUUUUAAUUAUUUUUCAGCGGCCAAGUGCACCGGCAAACAUCACAGUCCAUUAAAUAUCGACUCUGUGGACAUAGUUAAUAAAACGUUUCCACCAUUUGCAAUGUUUGCCUUUCAUGAGCAACCAAAAAUUGCGGAACUUGUAAAUACUGGAGACACCAUUGUUUUCCGGUUUUCAUAUGACGAUGACCAACCAUCUAUAAGAGGCGGGCCACUAAAGGAGAAAUUUUUCUUCGAAGAAUUAUAUUUUCAUUGGAUGGGCAAUGACACAUUCGGCCAUGAAAUUCGUACCAAUACUGUCUUUUUUCCAGCUGAGUUGCAUAUGAUUUUCAGAAGUGCCAAAUAUCGCACACUUUACGAAGCAGCGAGAGAAAGUAACGGUGUGGCAGUUUUAGCCUAUCACUAUAAGGUGAGACAAAGGGAUAGCUUUCUUUAUGAUAAAUUGAUAGAGAUAAUAGAGGAUAUUGUAAGACCAGGCUCAGUCGCCAAGUUUCGCAGUCCAGUAAGGUUGUGGGACUUUAUUGUUUAUGAUAUCAAUGACUAUUAUACGUAUACCGGUUCAAUGACGAUGCCACCAUGCAGCGAAGACGUUAUCUGGAUUGAUUUUAUUGACCAAAUUCAUAUUUCUGAAAAACAGAUGGAUUAUUUUCGAAAAAUCCAAGCGCAUGAUAUGACACCAAUGAUCUACAGUCAACGUCCUUUGUUUAAGUUUAGUAAUCGUACAGUAUUUUCUGCGAUGGAAUCGAGGGACUCAGACGAAGAAUACGAAGAGGUUCAGAGUGCCGUACCUUUUGUUGAUAGAUUGGUUGGUGACGCUGCAAUGUGGAAGCCUGUGGAAAUCAAUAUUUUGAUCGGAACGUUUUCAACGAGUUUCAUGACCACUUGGAUCACAACUACUCGGCAGUCCAUGGCUUAAAUCAUGGAAAAUGUUAUAAGUAUGAGCAUUUUGAUGCGUUUUUAAGCCCUACUAUGCAUGGCAAAAUAACGGUCAUUGUGAACCGAAUGUAAAGCUUAGCACAGUAUAAGAGCUUUUUAUUAGUCACUAAAAUUAAAGCUUUAAUCAAUUUACUUGAACGAAAGGUUUACUUAGUAACUAUAUUAAAAAAUGCUUGACGAAGCGUUAACCCGAGGAACGAUCGAUAAGUGAUAGUUUUUGGUGCUUUACAAGUUAUUGAGUCGACCGUUCAUGGAUUACACAACACCGGUAAGAUCUCCGAGGUCUACAAGAACGCUAAUGUGAGAAAAUAAAUGUAUCUUGAUAUUUCAUCAUCUUGUCAUCUUAGCAAAAAAAAUUUUUCGAUAAAAACUCAAGAGCUUGUAAUAAAUAGUAAAUUUUACUUAAUUAAUUAUUAAUAAUUUAUUUUUUAUAUUUAGAUUUUGUAGCUUGAAUAGCAAAGCUUUUGUGAUUUCGGUAAAAAAUAAUAAUAAAUAAAUAAAGAAGUUAUAUUAUACAUAU